AAACUCAAACCCAAAAGCACACAUCCCCAAACUUAAUAAUUAAUCGCACCCAAACACCACCCAUUCCCCCGUUCCCAUUCCCAUACCCACUUUCUCUCUCUCUCUCUCUCUACCUCUAGACCUUAAUUCAAUUCAUACCGCAAAUCUAGGAAAAUUUCUCAACAGUAGAAGCUUAAGUUCAAAAUUUUCUUGAAGAAUUGGGUAUUGAAGAAGCAAAAUCAAGAUGCCGUGGACGUCCUCUUUUGUGUAUUACAAGAUGAACUGUGUUCGCUUGGUUGUGUUCUUUCGUGUUAUACUGUAAUUCCAUUUCGUUUUGGUGUUUUGCGAAGGUUUUUUUGUUAGCUUGUACUUUUGUCUUAAUUUAAAACUGGUGGGAGGAGUGAGAAUGUACAUUGGAGUAACCAUAAAAAGAUAUCGAGCAGUGAAAGAAGUUGGGAAGAUUAAAAUGAGUGUUGGGAUCAUCACAUACUAUCAACUGAUACAAGUUUGCCAGGCUGAGUACUUCCGACAGUUGCUUAAACCUGUUACGUAGUCUACUAUUUCCGAGUUUUGGGACAUUGGGAUUUGGGACUGACUGCCUUUGGUUGCAUUCAUACAUAAGAAGGCAAUGAUAGAGAUGAGCAUUUAAUGGUGGUAGCUCCGUAAGUGUUUAUUUGGAAAAACAGCUUUCUUGUACCAGAAUGUCGAUACCUUAAUUUAAUCAUCACCUUAGGAACCUUUGUCCAAUUGAUAAUAAAAUAAUUGCCAGUGCAAAAGUGUGAACUCCAUUGUUUCGUGGACUUUUAAUUAAAUAGAAAAUAGGAUUCCAGAUGCAGAGUGACCAACAUUUUUUCCGCAAAAAGGCAGUGCGCCCUCUAGCAAAUCAAGUGGGGAAUGGUUACAUGCAUAUUCCAGUUGCAUCUGCCUUUGAUGCAGUUCUAUCUCCAACUGCUAAGCACUUGACACCCUUCCAUGGUGUCGAAUUUCAACCUUCUGAGGUCUGUCCAAAGAAUUUUAUCAUCUUUGAUCAAACUGAUCAGCGAAGCCAAGUUAUGUUCCACCCUGCAAUUGCCCACAAAUUUAGUGCUCCUGGUGUAAACAUCGGUGCUACGUAUGUUGAAGACAAUUUUGAGGUAAAAGAGGUUGAUCAUACAGAAAGAGAAAUAUCCUCUCCACUGAAAGAAGAUUCAGAUGAUAUUGAUGCGUUGUUGAGUUUGGAAGAGGAUGAGCAAGAAGAAUAUGAUGACGAAGUGGUUAGCACAGCACGGACUGAUGAAGAUUAUCAAACUGCGUCUCCUGAUUCUUUCUCAAACUAUGGCUCAAAACCAAAGAAGAAUAGAUUGUCUUCUUCUAAUCAGAUGACCUCAGGCAGUGGUGACAGCUGCAAUAGUGAAAGGAAACAGAAGAAAAUGAAGAAGAUGGUGAGGGCACUGAGAGGAAUAGUACCUGGUGGCAAUCAAAUGAAUACUGUUGCUGUACUAGAUGAAGCUGUUAGGUACCUCAAGUCUCUCAAGGUUGAAGUACAGAAGCUCGGAGUCGGGGAUCUAAAGAAUUUGUCUUAAGACUGCCAUGGUAAGGAUGACUGAACUCCAUUUCUAAAUUAAGCUUCAUGUAUUAUAUGGUUCUCUCCUGCCUCCUCCUGCCUGUCUCACUUGCAGCAAGAUGGUAUUAAGGUAAUAAAAAUCACAGGUAUUCAAUACUCAUGGUUGUGUAAGAAAAUCCUUUAUACUUGUAUUUUUGGAGUGCUCCACAAGCUGUGACUUUCAUAGUUAAACUUGUUAGUUUCUAUCAUGACCUCUGUGUUUAUAGUAUUUGAUGGAGGGAAGAGUUGGACUUGGAUCAGUGGUUUGAUGUGUAAGCUGCUCACUAUUUCUCUAGCAGCUAGUUGUUCUAUCUGGCAUGUUGCCACUACUUAAAAGUGACGUUAUGGUUAUGAAUGUCUAAAAUUUCAGUGAUGUUUUCCCUGCC